GAAAUGUCACUUUUAAUUUGCAGGUCUCACCACAGAGGGCCUUUAUCGAGUGAAUGGAAACAAGACGGAUCAAGACAACAUUCAGAAACAAUUCGACCAGGACCACAGUAUUGACCUGAUCGUGAUGGAUGUAGCCGUGAACGCCGUGGCUGGGGCCCUGAAGGCCUUCUUUGCCGACCUCCCCGACCCCCUCAUACCGUAUUCACUCCACCCAGAGCUAGUGGAAGCAGCCAAAAUUGUAGAUCAUUAUGAAAGACUGCAAGUGCUGAAGGAAAUCGUGAGAAAAUUUCCUCCUGUGAACUAUGAAGUUUUCAAAUAUGUCACCACUCACCUCAACAGGGUAAGUCAGCAUAGUAAGACCACGUUGAUGACGGCUGACAAUCUGUCCAUCUGUUUCUGGCCUACGCUCAUGAGACCUGAUUUUGAGAACAAGGACACGCUGUCCACCACCAAACUCAACCAGUCCGUCAUCGAGUCCUUCAUCCAGCAGUGCCAGUAUUUCUUCUAUGGUGGUGAAAUUACAGAGCCCUCCAGCGCCAAGGGGACGCCUCCUCCACACGGCCACGGCUUAGAGUCCCUGCUGGCCCUUCAGCUCCCUCCUCCCCUCCAGCCCCAGCAGAUCCAGCACCCGCUGCCCCCCGAACCCCUCAUAUAGACCUCCUACUCACAUUCGGCUUGUACGUGUGCGGAUAAGCCGCUUAAAAUAAGAAGUGAAAAAAAAAAAACACCUUUUUUUGUACAAAGGAAUAUGUGACUUGCCUGAGACCUCCCCUGUCCAUUUUCUUUUAUUUUUAUAAUUUCCCCCUUUUCUGUUCCUCAGCCAGUCUGAAUGAGAUGCUGAAUAAAACUGUAAAAAAAAAAAUUGUAAAGAAAAUGUCAAUGUUAAUUUGACAGUAAAUAUGCACAUCGACUAAUUUCAAAUAUGGCAAACAUAAGGAAGAUAUAUUUAUAAAGCUUUUGUUUUGUUUUGAAAGACAAUGGAGCUGUCAAUCACUCACUAAAACCAACACCACAUGCACAGCUUGCCAUAAUGGCAAAAUGUGCCUUUUUUUUUUUUUUUGCUUGUUUGUAUUGUCCCCUUUUUAUUUUACAAUGGACUAAAGAUAUAUUUUUAGGAUA